UUCGCUUUACGAAUCUCCCUUUUCUUCAUUCGUCCCUUCCAUGCAAAGCUCUUCUUCCAUUUUUCCUUUUUCUCUCUCUCAAAAUUUUAUUCUUUUUCAUAUUUUGGAUUCAUCCUUAUUGUCUAAAUCCGUUACGAAUUUUGAGUAGUCCCCUUUUCACUUUGCUCCAACACAACUCAAAGAGAUCAAUUCCCUCUUUAAUGGGUUUUCUUUCUGGACUUUCAGAAAUUGAAUCUGUAUUGGUCGAUCGAGAGGGUUCUGCUUUCAGAAUUAUAGCUUCAAUUGAGAAAAGAGAGGAAUUCUAUGACUGAACUUGAGGAUUGAACAAUUAUGGGAUUUUGUUGCUUGGUUCAUUGAACAUUAUUGGGAUGUGAUAAUAUUUGGGAUGAACUAUAUCUGAACUAUUUGGAUUGAAUCUCAAAUGGACUUACCAAAUUGUAAGCAUUUGACAUUCUUUGGAGUCCAUUUGAAUUCCUUGGCUGGAAAAUGCGUGGGGUUAGUUGUCAUUGUUUUGUUCCUAAGAGCUGUUCUGUUUCCAACAUUCUCUGGACUUGGUGGGGUCAUUCAACAGAACAAUGUUGUCCUUAUCCACAACCUAUCAUUUCCAUCAAAUCAACCCGUAAAACAGAAGUUUUUAGAAGUUCCUCAGAUUGUCUGGGGAUUGAACAAUCAGAAGAUUGCUUUUGCUCGAGCUUGUUUGACCGCACGAAUGCUCAAUCGAACACUGCUAAUGCCUAAAUUGAGUGCUUCGCUCUUUUAUAAAGAAGUCGAACUUUUGAAGCCUAUUUCCUUCGAUAAGGUCUUCCAAUUUGAAAGAUUCAAUUCCCGUUGUAAAGGAUUUGUCCAGUUGAGUCGCUAUUCAGAUGUUUCAAACCAAAGUGAUGUUAUCGAACUUCAGAAAGGCAGCGGACGAAGGUGGACGUUGGAAAAAGAUUUGGAGCAGUUGACUCAAUUUAGUAAGCAUCCAUAUGAUGCACAUGAGAUUGUUCGGAUAGUAGGGAAGAACCCAUUUUUGUGGCAUGAUCAUUGGCCGGCUAAAGACUAUGCAAAGGUUUUUGAAUGCUUAGCUUUAGUAGAGGAGAUAUCGACAGAAGCAGAUAAAGUUAUCUCCAAGAUUAGAGAAAUAGGAAUGGAGGUGAGAAGUAAGAUUCCAAUGUCAAGCUCUUCAUCAGAACCAGUUCCCUAUGUAGCUGUGCACAUGAGAAUAGAAAAGGAUUGGAUGAUUCACUGUAAAAAGUUGGAGCAGAGAUUAAACAUUAGUGAAAUUUGUAGUAGUAAGGAAGAGAUUAUGGCCAGAGUGGGAAACAUCCCGGGUCUUAAAACCCCUGUAGUUGUUUAUCUUGCUGUCGCCGAUACUCUUCUUGAAGAUGAUACUGUCUUGAAUGGUUGGAAGGACGGAUUGCUUCCUUUCGAGAAGAAAAAACUGGGCGUUUUUGAAAUUUACAAGAAGCAGCCAUACCUAUUUCAAUCUGCUAUCGACUAUGAAGUUUGCUUAAGAUCUGAUGUCUUUGUCGGGAACAGUUUUUCAACAUUUUCUAGCCUUGUUGUUCUUGACAGAACCCAGAAGAUGAUUAACAUGGGCGAUACGAAGUUGUGUGGUUCGGAUGUUAGGUGGCCGUCUUAUGCAUAUAAUAUAAGAGGAAUGGGGGAUAGCCCUCAUCCAUGGGUAACAAACAUGUCUGAUACUAGCUUGACGGCAAUUAGCUAUGGUACCAAUCACAUUGCUUGCUGAGAUGGCUUUCAAGGCGUGAAUUACGUAUUGUUUGUCAACCUUGGAUGCAUGGAUAAGGAUGCAAAUGAUUGGCCGAUGUUGUGGUCUUCAAGUUUUUUUGGUUAAGGAGAUAAGUUAUACAAAUUCUUGAGGCUUUGUGGGGAUUCUGAAGAGUAGGUAUACUUUGCAUUUCUGUAAUUACAUAUCUCAGAUUUUGCAUUCAUUUUUGUUGAUAUGUUACAACAUGUUAAUAGAGCUUAAACUUUUUCUGGUAGUUUUGUAUGAUAUACUCUCUGUUUCUCAUACUGAACAAAAGAACAAAGAAAAACGGGGGAAAAGAGCAAAAUAUUUGAUGAGCAUCUGUGUUGUCAUUUGUCUUCUGCUCUUUGCAGCCUGCAGCUGUAAGAUAUUUUAGGCUUUGUGUUGAAAUUUAACAGUCUAGUAAUAUUUGAUGUCCUCCACGAGAUAGUGAGAAGCUUCCUUGUCACUGUUCCUUGAGCCGAGAGUCUAUCGGAAACAACCUCUCUACCUUCACAAGGUAGGGGUAAGGUAUGCGUACAUGGGAUUACACUGGGUUUAUUGUCGUUGUUUCAUGAGAUAGUGAGAAAUUGAAGGCCAAAUGUACUGUCUUUUCAGUACUUUAUCACCAUAUGACAACUAAAUGAAACACAAAGUACAUUGUGUAUGUAGACCACAGAGAUAAGGAAUAAGGAAUUUGGUGUUUAGGCCUUAGUGCUUCACUAUUUGCUUGAGCCUUACAUUUCCUGCCACAACUGGUCAUUGUGGAUACUAGUGUAUGUUUACUUAGUGGAUUUUUGUAACAUCAUGAAGAGGAAUUUGACCUUUAUGUUCAUUUGAAACAGGCUAGUUUACAUGGUUAUGAAAUUAGAUUACUAUUCCUGUUUGCAUA